CUUCUGACCAUCUCUGAACACAAUGGCCGACGAGAACACCCUCGGCUCGCUCCUCGACCUCCUGCGUCGCCUGCCCCCGACGCGCGUGGAGGCCAACGUUGAGGCGCUCGCCAACCUCGCCCCUGAGUUCGCCGACGACCUCUACGCAAACACGGACCAGCCGCUGCGCGUGCUGCACGACGAAGAGGCCGGCCGCUCCUUCCUCGGCUGUGACUACAAUCGCGACGGCGAUAGCUUCCGCUCGCCCUGGACUGACAAGUAUCUCCCACCAGCGCCCGGGGCGCCGCAGCCCUCCCCCCGGCUCCGCCAGCUGGAGGUCCUCUUGAACGCCGCGUUCGACACCUACCGCGAGAUGUAUUACGAGGGAGGUGUGAGCUCAGUGUACUUGUGGGACCUGGGCGAGGACAUGGGGACCAAGGACCUCGAGUUUGCUGGUGUCGUGUUGAUGAAGAAGGACCUUCCUGCCGACACUGGCCUCACCGGGAACUGGGACUCGCUGCACGUUUUCGAGUGCACAGAGCGCGGCCGGACGGCGAAGUACAAGCUUACGUCCACGGUCAUGCUUGUCCUCGAGGCGCCGACCAGCGCCACGCUCACCGACAAGGCCGGCGCCAAGGUCGCUGGUGCGACGGCCGAUGGCAAGGUUACGCUGAGCGGGAGCAUGACGCGCCAGGCUGAAGUGGACUACCCACUCACAGGGGCGACGUCGCAUGUCAACAACGUGGGGAGGAUGGUGGAAGACAUGGAAAUUAAGAUGCGCAACCUCCUCUCUGCAGUGUACUUCGGCAAGACGCAGGACGUUGUCGGCGAACUGCGUUCCCAGAUCGGGCUUGAGGCGCGCUCCCGCGAGGACCAGCUGCGCGCUGAACUCGCUGGUGCGAUUGGGGCGCGUCGCUAAGUUGUAGUCAGAUGCAUUGUACACAUAGGAUUUGCCAUUAUUCAUCUGCAUCUAAAUAUCGACUACCCAACC